CAUCAUCACACCGCCAACAUGAAUAUCAACGCGCUACUCAUAAACCCAGCGCCGGAGGCGCCACGCGUAUCACCUUCGAAUCCGCCUUUUAUACCCGCGCCCAGCCCCUCCACGUCUGCCGCGAAGCUCCCAACACCACCAUUGUCCACCAGCAAACCAAUGACACACAAACGCAAACGACACGAUCCCAAACCCAUCUGGGCUGUCCGAGAAGAUGAGGUUAUGGAUGACCAACCUUUACAGCCCCCUCAACCUCCUCAAUCUCUUCAACCGCUGCAGCAAUCUCGACCACAGCCUCCCCCGGCCGUGCAACGAAAUGGCACACAACCCCAAACCUCGCGCGAGCUGCAAGGCUACGAGCGCCCGAUCACCAAUGAUCCGCGAAUGUAUGACGAAAUCUCGCGCAAGGUCUGCGACUUUCUUUGGGACAAUGUGGUGGAAAAUGCACUUGUCCGAAAUGCGAUUGCCGAAUCCCCCGCAACACAGGUCGAGAUAGAAGCGCGAUGGGGUCAAAUUCAGGAAAGGCAUGGCGGAGGGCGCCUUCGGGGCAUGCACGAUACAGAGUGCAUCAUACGGAAAGACGUUUUGGAGCAGAUGAAGUUCGAGAGCACCAUGUCGCUUGAACAGCAUCAGAAGAUGAACAAGUUUCUGAAUAAUCAGGUCCAGCUUUCGAAACAUCCUAACGCUCUGCGAGCGGAAAUUAACUACAAGCACACGAGGGAAGUGGACAUGUUCUAUCAACUUGAUCAAGAUGGCUUUAGCUUACUCCCUCACCACACCAAAGAAAUGAUAGCCCAGUCAAAUGCCCGGCAGAGAAUCAGAGUUACUCGAGAUGCGAGGACGGAGGGAGUCCUUGCCAAAGUCAUUAAACUACGGAUAGCCAACCUCGAGAUCAGCUCUCCGCAGACCGAGUGGGAUUACCGGAUCGGCAUCAACCUGGAAAUAAAUUUCCCUGGUCCCGUUGAAGGUCUCAGCCCCGCGACCGAGCAUGGACGGAAUGCUGAAAGCCUCGAACGGCGAAAAGAUCGCGUAUCGUACUCGUGGCUCAAUGCAUACCAAAUCGACCUUACCCAAGUCAGCCAAGCCCAAGGCAAGAAUCACGAGUUGGAACUCGAACUUGACUCAAAAGUGCUCAUUAAUGCGGCGGAAAAAGUCAAACGUGGCGAAGAAAAUGAUUUCGAGAAUCUGGUGUCGGGGAUGAUGAACAACCUAAGAAUCCUGUCACGCGAAGUCACUCCCGCCGGUGUGAAAGCGUUACCAUAGUGCGCUCUAAGCCCCGGGCAGUCUUCUUUUUUUAGAUGAUCAUUUCAGCUACCGUCGUCGCAGUAUUAUCAAAAGUGGAAAACGCGUUCAAUGGGCUCUAUUUGGUCAAGAGGACAGCCAACAGGAUGCCGUUGGCUGGCCUUGCUGGACGUGUGUAAUUGUAGAUCGUGGCGUUCUGGUUAUGGCUUCGGUGGAGAGUUUAUCGGUCUUGGGGUUGGGAACACUAGGCCAUUAACGGCAUUAUAGCUGAGUCCUAGCAUCUGGUAC